GUGUGCGUGCGUGUGAGUGAGUGAGUGAGUGUAUAUACAUAUAUAUUUACCAUGAGAACAGUUUAAUGAAUACUAUUUAGUAAGAAACAAAAUAACAAACAAUUUGUUUAUUUAUUCAUGUAAUUAUUAUAAAUAAAAGUUAAUAAAUGCAAACAGCUAAUUACUUAACAGAUAUUUCAUGUAAUCUAUCAGAAAUAGACUGUAAUCUAUCUACGACAUCAUCUUCAACAACAACAGACAAAUUGAAUUCAUCAUCAUCUUCAUCAUCAUUUUUAAUUACAGAUAUUUUAGCUUCUAAUAAUGAAAUUGUACAUUUAACAAAUGAUAAUCAGUCUACUGAUGAAAUGAUUUCAGUACAAAACCAAAAUCGACAACAGUAUGACAAUGAAAAUGUUAAACGGUUUCAAUAUGAUAAUGAUAUAUCAAUGAAAUUAUUUACCGAUUAUCAUGACGAUAAUAAUAAUAAUAAUAAUCUUCAUACUAAUAUUGACAAUAUUCAUGUAUGGCAAUUAUUAUUUGAAUCAUUAUUGACUAAUUCAUCAUUAAAUAUAGAACAAUUAGAAUCUUUAUUAUCAUUAACACGAAUGUCACAAAAUGAAUUUUCUAAUCUAUUUAAAGAGAAAAUACAAACAAGUCAUCUACAUCAAGAAACAUUUCAAUAUUUACCAUUUGAAUUAUCACAACAAUAUCAACAAUUAAAUGAAAGUAUUAGAUCUAAAUCCCCUAUUAAUCUAAAUGAUAUUCAUUCAUUGAAACAAUUAUCUCAGGAAAUUUGGCGAUCAUUUCAAGAAACAUCAAUAAAUAAUAAUAAUAAUGAUGAUCUUAAGGAAAUAGAAAAUCAUUCUAUAACAAAUUAUAAUGAACAACAAUUAAAUCAUCAAAAUAAAUUCAAAUUAUUCUUGACAAAAUCAUAUGAACAAUAUUGCCGCCAGACAAUGAAUCAUUUAAAACAAACUGAAAAUUCAAUUAUCAAUACUGAUAAUAAAAAUAAUAAUGAUAAUAGCACCGAUGAUAUUCACUUUAAAAAUAAAACUAAAAAAAGAGAAGAAAAGCAAGAAAAUAAUUGUAGUCAAGAGGGAGAUUUAAACAUAUCAAAUUUAGAUAAUGUUCAUUUAAAACAUUUGACAAAAAUUGACAAAAUAAAAACUUAUCAAAUAUGGUUUAAUUCAAUAAAUUGUUUAAAUAUACGACAAAAAUUAUAUAAUUUAUAUAAAACUAAUUAUUUAAUGAAAAAUUAUUGUCAAGAUGUGGAAAAUUUUAAAAUGAAUGAAAAUUAUUCAUUGAAAAGUACCAAUAUUGUAAAUAAUACUAAUAAUAAUACUAAUACUACUAAUAGUAGUAAUGAUAGUAGUAAUAAUAGUAAUGCUAGUAUGAUUAAUAAUAAUGAUAAUGAUAAUAAUAAUAAUAGUGAUAUUAUUGAUUCAAGUAAUAUUAAUAAUUUAUCGAUACCUUCAAAUUCUGCAUUAGAUGCUUUAAUUCACAUGACCACAUCUACAAUGCAACAAUUAAAACAUGAUGGUGAUUUCUCAGAUGAAUUACAUGAAUCAUCUACAAUUCAAUUUUAUAAUAAAGUUUCACAAACACGUAAACGUCGUAAAACACGUACAACAUUUUCUAAUUGUCAAUUAAAUGAAUUAGAAAAUAAUUUCAAUCGUCAACGUUAUUUAACACCAACUGAUCGUGAUCGAAUUGCUAAACAUUUAGGAUUAACUAAUACACAGGUUAUUACAUGGUUUCAAAAUCGUCGAGCUAAAUUAAAAAGAGAAGCCGAAGAACUUGAACGUGAUGUAAUGGCAUUGAGAAAACAAAAACAACAAAAAUUUACUUGUCUUUCAUUAUCUGAUCAUAAUCAUAAUGAAACAGUGAUCAAUAAUGAAGAUGAACAAGGAGAUAACGACGACGACGACGACGACAACGACGAUGAUGAUGAUGAAGAAGAUGAACAAGAACAAGAAAAAGAAGAAAAACAAAAAAGAAAAGAAGAAACUUCACAUAAAAUUCAAUAUAUACCACAAUCUCCUCCAAUCUCUUCAUUAAAACAUCUCACAUCAUCAACAUUGAAUACACAUGAAACAUUGAAUAUGAAUAUGUUCGUUUCUCCAUUCAAUGAAUUUACUAAUGAAUCAUUAAUAAGUGAUAAACUAUUAAAUGAGAAAUGUUUAAAAAGGAAUAAAGAUUUAAGUGAACAACAAUUUCACUUAUUAAAUCAUCAUAUAAACAAUUACUGUAAUAAUAAUAGUAAUAAUAAUAAUAGGAAGAACAAUAUUGAUGGAAUCAAUAAGGGUAGAUCUUUCAAAAAAUGUAAUAAAAUUUGGUGCCCUGCCUUAGAAUUAGAACAAGAGAUUAGUUAA